AUGGCUAACGAAGGUAAAGCCAUUGUUGAAGGAGAACCUGAUUUGAUGUCGGAAAAGACAUUUAAAGAAGCAACAAGCUAUAUUGCUUCCGAAACUGACACAAUCCUUCCUCAUUUCUCUUUUUACAACCUAAAAGGUGGGUUUAUGGUCCUCCCCAACAAGAUUCAUUUCGAUAUUUCAGAUGAAGAAAACAAUUUCGAAGGUGGUGUCGGUUCUGGUGGUUCUGUAUUUAUUUACAACAGAAAAUACAAGAUUGGUCUUGGUUAUGUUACUAAUGGCUAUACAGGCGGCUCUGGUCCUGAUAAAAGAACUUCACGUAUUGUAAAAGUCAUUUUUGAGCAAGUUAAAAAGCAAAAAGAACAUGUAGAAAAAAAGCUGUAAUUUAAACAAUAAAGCAUGAAUAAGAACUGUGUUUUUGAUAAAUUGAUAAGAACAACAGCAAUAAAAAAAAUGAGAAACAGAAUUCUUUACUUUCUUUUAAGCAGCUUGUUCAUGUUACUUUGGACUGAACUAUCAAAAGAAGUGCUCGAAAUCACUUUUGAAUAUCUGUCUCUCAGGGACCUAAAACAAUGUCAACUUGUGUGCCAAAAAUGGUCAGAAAUAGCCCAAAAGACCAUGUAUACCAACGUUCAAAUAAACACUUUUGAUCAGAUGGUUAGGUUUGUUUGGUCACUCAAAUACUCGCAUUUUGUGCCUGGCAAGCACCUCAGACGAUUAUCCAUGAAUAUUACCUUUUUGGAUUUUGCUCGUUUGCAUGCUAAAUUUAUGCUUACAAACCUAACACUUUUUACUCCUUGCCUCGAAGCAAUCGAAUUAUCAGAAACAUGCUUGUCUUUUUGGAUGUGGCUCAAGCAUGAAUGGGACAAAAGACACUUGAGCAACUUGGGAUUCAUCUCCUAUCCUUCAAAUGAAUACGAACUCGAGUGCUACAAUAGUCUUGCUCUUGGUAUACGCAGUUCAUUGAAAAAUCUUUUGGUGUGCGAUUAUUUGUAUCCUCUUUAUCUUCAACCGAGCUCUCAACGAUACAAUUUCUUGGUCGAUCACUUGAGUGAAUUUACUCAACUUGAACAAUUGAAGAUCAUUCACCAUAGUACGUACACUCUGCAUAAAUUAGAUAGCACAUUAGACGCAGUUCUUAAGCAACUCAAAAGUGUGGAAAUCCUUCUUUGUCCCGAACGGGAAUCUACUAUGAUGUUAAAGAAGAAUGACGACGAUAAAAUGACAACAACUGCAAUAACACCAGCCCUUAAUGUAACAUAUCUUAGCAUGGAUAUAUCAGAUUAUACAGAGAAAGAACUCGUCUAUAUCAUGAACAAGUUUCCAAAUGUCAAUCAACUUGAAUUGAAGACAGAUCUCGCUUUAUACAAAAACUUGAUUGACGAGGAGAAGUAUCCAACACCAGUCUUAGGUUUGAAGAUACUAAAACAAUUCUCAGCCUUUUUAAGUGGCACUAAGAGAUUCUGUAUCCAGAAUAUCAACAUAUCUAACAUAGUCUAUCUUACCUGUCAGUUGAUGAAUGCGAUUGUAGAUGGGGAUUUGUCUCUCCAAGUAACAUCCGAGAAUUGCACCGAAAUUAUCAAAUACAAAAUCUCAAACAUUAUUUACGAAAAAGACGCGCCACCAAACAAAGCAUUGUUGAUGAAAAGCUAUUGUAUUACACACUUUAUAUCGCACUUUCUUUCAGAGAUUGCUCCACAACUUAACGAAUUGACUAUACAAUGCACUGCUCCUCGAAAAACAGCUAACUCAAAUGAUCAUGAUGAGCAUAAACGCAAGGUAUUCAAAAACUAUCUUCGUUUUAUUUUCGACAAUUGCGUUCGACUCAAGAAGCUAAAACUUGUAAAUGCAAAUGUCAUUCGUAUUGGUUACCAAACAAAACUGAAUAAUUCAAUCAAAACACUAGAACUUGACAAUUGUUCCUAUUACGAAAGAAUCCUAUACCAUUUUUCUGUUCAACUCCCGAGUUUAAAUCAACUUGUUAUCAAUGGUCUAAAUCUUGUGAACUCGCAUGGUACUUACAAUAUCAAUAGUAGAGAUUUCUACUUUUUUAACAUGCCCUAUACUUGCUUUGACAUGAUUACGCUUAUCUCAUCAACACAUCUCGUAUCAAACAACUUGUUCUAUAUAAAAUUGUAUAGAGAAGCAGGCGAUACUUACUAUCGAUGCGAAAAGGAUUGUAUUCAAACUUCUAAGGCUGGAGAAUACUAUGGCUCUUUAACUAAACGGCAUACCUUAUGUAUUCAUAUACGCUGCAAGGAGAUCAAAAAAAUCAAUAUUAUCUCUAGUAGCUUUAGUCAUUGCUAUUGUAUUCCUUAG